AUGGCUCCCAUUUCCCAUAUGAUCGUUAAAUGGGCUCUCAUUAGCCGCAUUCGUCGGUGGAGAUAUUCAACUUUAGUGGAAAAACUGGCCACAACACUAGGCGCGGCGCUCGGCUUCAUCUGCUCUGGAGGACUGGUGCUAGCUGUUCUGAUAUACGGAGAAAUAACAGCACUUUUUAUACAGAGACACAACGCGAGGGAAACCAGGGGAGAUGCGAGUAUAUUGGAGAUAUUUGGAGGAGGAACGAGAUUGGACGCCGGUAAUAGAACUCUUCACAUGGACGCACUAGUAGAUGACUCGGUGGCGUUUGCUCUGGCGAGUGUGGCCAUCAUGAUGUGCCAGUUAGUGGCUGCAGCUCUAGCUGUCACUCUCGCCAACUGGGCAGCUGGGAGAAUGAUAACGCGAUUAAGAUGGAAGUUACUACGCUCUGUACUGAGUCAAGAAAUAGCUUUUUUUGAUACAAAUACGACAAUGAACUUCGCAUCAGCUUUAACAGAAGACACGGAAAAAUUAAAGAUGGGUGUUGGAGAACAUGUGGCCAUGGCAUCUUAUUUGGGUGGAAGUAUAGUGAUGUGCUGCUCGGUCGCAUUGGCGGAAGGUUGGCAACUCACAUUGGCUGGACUAGCGGUAGUGCCAGUGUCGUUACUAAUGGCGGCCACUGUUGCCAAAAACUUGACCCGUUGGUCCGCUGAAGAAGUAACCGCGUAUGGUACGGCGGGACGUAUUGUAGAACAAGCGUUGUCUGCUAUCAGGACAGUGAGAGCAUAUUCUGGAGAACACGUGGAAGUUGGGAAAUACUCAGAAGCGCUAACUGCUGCUAGUUCUGCGGCUAAGAGGCGCUGUAUGUGGUCAGGCGCGGGCGCAGGAGUUGGCUGGUUAUUGACGUACGCUCUGAAUGCGAUUGUAUUCGCUUACGGAGCAGCUCUGAUAGUGAGAGAUAGGAAUGGAGGGGACUACCACCCAGGAGUUAUGGUCUCGAUACUCUUCCUAUCAUUCAUGGCGGCACAGAACAUAGCUAUGUGUAACCCGCACCUGGAAAUCUUCUCAACAGCGAGAGGAGCUGCGAAGAUCCUGUUCAAACUUCUGGAGAGGGAGUCCAGGAUAAACGCUUUGGAGGAAACCGGGAUAAAACCUGAAGGAUUCAAGGGGAAUAUAAUAUUUGAUAAUUUAUACUUCAAUUACCCAUCACGACCUGAUGUGAAGGUCCUUCGUGGUUUAACCUUAAAGGUUACAGCCGGAGAGACCGUGGCGCUAGUCGGUGGGUCAGGAUGUGGCAAGUCCACGUUACUACAGCUGUUACAGAGAUGUUAUGAACCAGACAGUGGGAAUGUACUCGUUGAUGGACAUAAACUGAACAAACUGCACUUACAUCACUUCAGGAAAAGUAUUGGUGUGGUAGGCCAGGAGCCGGUUCUGUUCAGCGGCACCAUCCGUGACAACAUCACACUCGGAGUAGAAGGAGCGACUGAAGCUGACGUCAUUGAAGCUGCGAAAACUGCGCACGCACAUCAAUUUAUAGUCAAGCUUGCUAAUGGUUAUGAUACGUUUUUGGGUGAGAAGGGAGCGCAGUUAUCCGGCGGUCAGAAGCAGCGGGUGGCUAUAGCCAGGGCUCUUCUUCGUAAGCCGGCUAUAUUGCUUCUGGAUGAACCAACUUCUGCUUUGGAUCCGGCUUCAGAAAGACAGGUACAAGCAGCCUUAGAUGCUGCCAGCGAAGGAAGAACUACACUCGUUGUUUCACACAGAUUAUCAACAAUAGAGAAGGCGUCCCGCAUCGUGUAUGUAGAACAAGGAGCUGUUCUUGAACAAGGAACUCAUGAAGAACUGGUUGAGAAAAAGGGAGCUUACUGGAGACUUCUACAAGAAGAUAUGACGAACAAGAAUAUAGAAAAUAUAUUAGCAGAAUCUCAAGAUGAUGAUGAGGUGGUCGAAAAUCAAAUUGAAUUUAAAAGAGUCAAUCGGGCUAGUAGUGUGAUCUCUACACAAAAAGAUAACUUUGUCAGAGACAGUUUCGUGCGAGGCAGUCGCCGCCUCGGUCCAAUCUCAACUGUUCCAACAACACCAGUUUUAUCUGAUGAUGAAGAAGAUGAACCGGAAGUCCCAGUAUCAACGUGGCGCCUCCUGUUAUUAAACGCUCGUGAGUGGCGCCACCUGGCGGGCGGGUGUGCAGCCUCGCUGGUGAUAGGAGCCACGAUGCCGGUGUUUGCAUUCCUCUUCUCAAAACUAUAUCGGAUGUUCUCAUGGCCAGAUCCUGAUCAAAUCUUAGAAUACUCUCAGUUCUACGCCGCUAUGUUCGCCUGCGCGGCCGUCAUCAGCGGGAUCGUGACGUUCCUACAGACUUAUCUGUUCGGAGUGGCGGGCGCGAAACUAACUGACAGACUUAGGACAAUGACCUUUAGCAAUUAUUUGAUACAAGAACAAGGCUGGUUCGAUCUACCUAAUAAUUCAGUUGGUUCGUUGUGCGCUCGACUUGCUACUGACUGCGCGGCUGUUCAGGGUGCUACUGGUACUAGACUGGGCACCAUGCUGCAAGGCAUCAGUACCAUGGUGUUAGGAGUUACGCUAGCCAUGGUGUACUCAUGGAAAAUGACUGUCGUCAGUCUACUCAGUGUUCCUUGUGUAAUUGGCGCUAUAUGUCUUGAAGGCUGGAUCACGAAGAAGUGUGAAGUGAAGGAGCGGAAGGCGUUAGAAGCGGCCUCUCGCCUCGCAACUGAAGCUGUUAUUAAUGUUCGGACUGUACAUAGUUUAGGUGUAGAGCACACGAUCUUAACUCGUUACUCCACCCUCCUCUCAUCGUGUGCACAGAACAGCACAGUGUAUGUGCGCGGGCCUGUGUACGGUCUGUGUCUGUGCGCGCCCACACUGGGCUACGCUGUGUCCCUCGCGUACGGAGGAUACUUGAUAGCUAGGGAGGACUUGGAAUAUGAUUAUGCUAUAUUAGUAUCUGAAGCGUUAAUCUACGGAGCCUGGAUGUUGGCUGAAGCUUUAUCAUUUGCACCAAACUUCACGGCAGCUAAACGUUCGGGCGCCAGAAUAAUAAGAGCCCUUGAUAGAAAACCAAAGAUCGUCACCGAAGAUACCGCUGUUGAUGAUGAUUGGACCGCGAGUGGUAACAUAUGUUUGUCCAACGUCCACUUCCACUACCCCACUCGGUCCAAGGUCCCAGUACUGAGAGGUCUGUCCUUGGAGCUAGCUGCGGGUCGGACCCUCGCGCUGGUCGGACCCUCGGGCUGUGGCAAGAGCACCGUCAUGCAUCUGUUACUGAGGAACUACGACCCUGUUAGGGGAGAUGUCACUUUGGACAACCGAAACAUCAAAACAUCUCUGACGCUGAACAAACUCCGAGCUCAACUAGGUCUGGUGCAGCAGGAGCCGGUGAUGUUUGAGAGGUCCAUCAGGGAGAAUAUAGCGUACGGAGACAACACGCGCCCGGUGUCCAACGAGGAGGUCAUACACGCCGCGAAAAUGGCUAACGUGCAUACAUUUGUAGCUGGAUUGCCGCUGGGAUACGACACAGUUCUAGAGGCGGGUAGCGCGGCUCUCUCCGGUGGACAGAAACAACGCGUGGCCAUCGCGCGGGCUCUGUUACGGAACCCGAAGAUAUUAUUACUGGAUGAAGCGACCUCCGCCUUGGACGCUGCGGGGGAAAAGAUAGUACAAGCAGCGCUCGAGUCAGCGUCCAAGGAUCGCACGACCGUCAUCAUCGCUCACCGGCUGGCGACCGUGAGGCACGCGGACGUUAUAUGUGUACUUGAUAAAGGCGUGGUUGCUGAAAGCGGUUCACACGAAGAAUUAGUUAACAAACGAGGAUUAUACUGGGAGCUACUACAACAACAAGGACAGACGGGAGACGCGUGA